UUUGCAGAGAAUAGCAUUAGACUCCGACACCCCUAGUUAUUACAGCAUAACUAAAAGGGAGAGCGAGCAGGUAUGAAGGCAUGAAGGCUUUCACAGGACAUUAGCGCCCACCUUCCCUACCGUCAUCAAACCUGAGUGAUCGGACAAGAGAGGCAGAAUGACAGCAACCCAACAUCCCUGAUCUCCACAAGUUUAUAUGACCUUAUCUGUAUUACAUACCAUAAUACCUUUCUCAUUUUUCUAAUACACAUAAACAUUCUCUACAAUUCCUCAGGUGGAUUCCAAGAACUUUUAUAAUUUCUUUAGUGUGAGGAUUGAACACAGAUGCCACCAUGCCAACUGUGGUUCUUAUGGAUGCAUCGCUGUCCAUGACACGGCCUGUGUCACUGGAAGGCAGUGAGGAUUUCCAGAGGAAAAACCUGGCUGUUCAUGGCUUAACAAUGCUGUUUGAACACAUGGCCACAAAUUACAAGCUGGAGUUUACUGCACUUGUUGCCUUUUCAUCUCUCUGGGAACUCAUGGUGCCUUUUACCAGGGAUUACAACACUCUACAGGAGGCACUGAACAAUCUGGAGGACUAUGAUAAAACCUGUUUGGAAUCAGCGCUGCAGGGUGUGGGUAAUAUUGUGCAGCAGGAGUUUGGCAGCACCUGUUCAUGCCAGAUGCUACUGGUGACUGAUGGAACUCUGGGAAUCGGCCGUGGUUCUCUGCGCCAAUCCCUGGCAACACUCAAACAACGAGGAGAAGAAAAGAAGUUUCCCUUACCCUUCUCUUUCCCCUGCAAACUUUACAUCAUGUGUAUCGCUAAUGCAGAGGAGCUUCAAGCCACUGAUGCAAUGGACAAUCUGGAGCAGCUGCUUGCAUUAAAUGGUGGAGCAGGACAGAUUUUCACUAUGGAUGGGCCACUAUGUCUAAAAAGUGUUCAAGCAAUGUUUGGGAAGCUGAUCGAACAGGCAUACAUGCCCUUCCAUGCUGUGCUGAGAUGUGGGAAUCUAGCCUCUGAUGUGCAAGUGUUUCCCAGACCGGAACCUGUGAUAAUGGACACAGAGAUUGACCCAGUACCAAAAACAGUGCUCACAGAGAUAGAAAUAGUGGGUUUCAUUGAAAUCGCCGAUAUUGCCAGUCCUCCGGUCCUGUCCAGACACCUGGUUCUUCCUAUCGCUGUGAAUAAAGAGGCAGAUGAAGUAGGUGCAGGAGCUACUGAUGAAAUGGAAGAGGAAACGUCUACCAAUCAACAGGCAGGGAAAAGCCCCAAUUUCUGUGUUCUUCUGCACGGCAGUCUGAAAGUGGAGGGCAUGGUGGCUCUAGUGGAGCUGGGGCCUGAGUGGUACGGGAUGCUUUACUCGCAGGCAGAUAGUAAGAAAAAAUCUAAUCUAAUGAUGUCCAUUUUUAAACCUGGCCCAGUUCCUCUGCCAUGGCUUGGGAAAAUCUCUCAGCUUGGACCAAUCUCAGAUGCACCAGAGAAUCCCUAUGGAGAAGAUGACAGCAAAAGCCCUUUUCCUGUUCUGCCAAAAAACAAGCGCAGCUAUGCUCAGAAUAUCACAGUCUGGAUCAAAGCCAGUGGAGUGCAGACAGAUGUUCAGAAAAUUCUUCGCAAUGCUAGAAAACUUCCAGAGAAAACACAAACCUUCUACAAGGAGCUUAAUCGUCUACGCAAGGCAGCUCUAGCCUUUGGUUUCUGGGAGCUGUUAAAAGGCGUGGCCGAGCUACUGGAAAGAGAAUGCACAUUACUGCCAGACUCUGCCCAUCCAGAUGCAGCUUUCCAGCUAUCACAUGCUGCCCAGCAACUCAAACUGGCCAGUACCGGAGACCCCAAAUAUGCAGCUUUUGAUCAUCUUAUUACCCCCAUGCAUACAGACUUCUCAGGAGGAUCAAGUGGAGCUGACAGAAUGUAGGCCAACAAGCAAACACUGACUGACUGACUGACGGACAGUAACUUGAAAUUCUUUCUACAUUUUCUACAGUGAUGAGGUUAAAACAAUGUACGGAUUAUUUUGUGGGAUUUAUAAUAUUUAGGUCUUUGGAGCAGAUAAGAACUAUGAACUCUUUUGAUGGCUGUUGUCAUGGACACAUACAAAAGCUAAUUGUACUUUAGUUAUUCCUGCUACACCCAUAGCAAACAAUGGCAUAAAAUAAACCAUGCAAAAUCAAAAGGUAAUAAAUAGAAUGGGUCAUACUGAUGAAUCAAAUGGCAUUGUCUUGGGAUGCCACAAUUCAGAAAGUGCAACAAUGGCUACUUUUGUAACAACUGUAAAAUAUGGUUAAGUAGAAAUAGUUUUAAAUGAUUUGGAUUAGAUAUUUUACUGUUGUUAAGUCAAAUUAACAAUUCCUGAGUCUUGUGUGCUUCCAACUUUUGGGAAAGACUCUUUCCUGAUUUUCCAUUAUGACCAAAGUCUACAGUCAAAUGGUUUGUGUGAAAAAACACAGAACGCUAACAUCAACCCAAUCAAAUACCUUUGGACUGAAUUAGAACAUUUACUAUGAGUCAAGUCUUUUCACCCAUAAUCAAUGCCCAGUCUAAAUUAAAGCAAACCACUGCAAUCAUAUUCCAGAAUCCUAUGGAAAGCUUUCCUAUAAGAGUGAAGGCUAUUAAUGCACAUGGUUUUGCAUGUGGAUUAGAUGUUUAGGGUCCAGGUGUCCACAGAUUUUUGGCUAUGCUGUGUAUUUGCUUUGUAGGAUCUUGCAUUGUUUUCUAGAAAAAUUAGUAGUUUUGUGUAAAUAACAUUUUCUACAAGAGAAUAAAAAAACCUGAUGGAU